CAUGAGACGCAGCACAAGCAGGAAUAAUCCAUCUGUUACAACGACUGCUGGGUAAUGCCUUAUGGAGGUGGUCGUAGAGGGGGAGAAGGCUGGCAAGGAUGAUGCAGAUGGAGGAAGGCCUGUCGUCAACAUACACAACCACUUCGGUGAUGGGGCUCAUGUCAAUGUGGCAGGCAUUGCAUAUGGCGGCGUGGGACACAGGCAAGGUCACGGAGCUGGGGGUCAAGGACAUCCAACUGCAGGUGGAGAAGGAGAAGUCUCCAAUGACCAGCAGGCUGCUACAUGCGGAACGACAAGAAACGCGUCAUCACAGACAUCUGUGAAACAUGAUUCGCCAGAGACCAUCCUACACAAAAACACGUCUCUUUAUGAUGCUGUUUGGAGAGGGGAACUGGGGCUAGUUAGACGCCUCUUGUCUGAGGGCAGUGCAGACAUCAACGACAGAACAAGGUCGGGCAGGACACUGGUGAUGUGGGCAGCAUUGCGGGGACAUAGAGAGGUAUUUCAGUUGCUUGUUGAAAAAGGAGCUGAUCUGUCAUUAGCAGAUGAUAGCGGCAAAUCUGUCCUGGAGCUGCUCAGCUGGAAAGGAUCUACUGAUAUGGUGGAGUAUAUCCUUUCAUUGAAGAUUGUGGACAUCAAUUGUAGAGGACAGUGGGGAAGGACACCAUUGAUGUGGGCAGCUGAGCGAGGACACACGAAAUUGGUCCAGUUACUUAUGAGACACGGAGCUGAUCGGUUACUUGUUACUGAUGGUGGUAAUAACAUCCUUCAUCUUGCUUGUCGUGGAGGACAUGUAGACAUAGUGAAAUAUAUUCUAUCACACACCAAGGUGGACAUCAACGGUAGAGGGUCGCAGGGGUGGACCUCAACGAUGGAGGCAGCACGGUGGGGACAUGGAGACGUGGUCAAGGUACUUGUGAAUAAAGGCGCCGACCCAUCAUAUGUUUCUAGUGACGGCAGGAACAUCCUUCAUCUGGCCUGUGAGGGAGGGUACGUGUCGAUAGUUGAGUAUGUCCUCUCACUGGACAUGUUUGACAUCAAUGCCAGGAACCAUGCUGGUAAAUCAGGAGCGUGGAUAGCGAGGAGCAGGGGUCAUAGUUCUGUGUAUGACCUGCUUGUGGCACGAGGCGGUGCGAUGGAGUAACAGUUGUGGUGAUGUUGGCCAAUCGUCACUGAAGUUUCUGAUCCAUCACUUGCUUGUCUGGUUUGUUUAAAGGUGUCAUGGCAGGAGGUCUGCUGUGAGGCAUCAGACAACAAACACAUUUUUAUGCAAGUUGUCCGAAAGGAGAGUGCUUCCGGGAGUUCGGAAAUGCUUACCCUUUUUAUGAAUACCUGGGGCGGUCGGGUAGCCUAGUGAUUUGAGCGUUCGCUCGUCACGCGCCGAAGGCCCGGGUUCGAUUCCCGAAAUGGGUACAAUGUGUAAAGCCCAUUGCUGGUGUCCUCCGCCGUGAUAUUGCUGGAAUAUUGCUAAAAGCGGCGUAAAACCAUACUCACUCACUCAUGAAUACCUGCUGUCAUUAAUGAUUUUCAGUGUAAUUUCACCGCUACAUUGCCUUUUACACCCUAUGGUAUCUGCUUCGGCGGAUAAUCGAGACAGGUUAUUCUCUGGCGUUGACGUUAUAUUUUAGAAAGACAUUGUUUUGAAAGACAUCCCCCGGAAUAAAGUAUUGAAAACAAC